AUGGUGGGCCUGAAACGUGCCGUGCCCGCUAAGCUUCCAGACCGGCUGGAUGCCGCAGCUGUGGCGGAGCAGUGCACUGCGGAUAGCGCUCUGAAGUUGAACGAGUACUUGGCACAGCACUUUCCGGGCACUGUGCCCUUGGAGAGGACGAGCUUAGAGCAGAUCUUCAACGACUUUGCCGCCAUGCAGCAGGAAGAACGAGGCCUCUUCGUCGAAGGCCGCCAGGUGCAGUUGAACGGAGCCCCGGACGCCCGCACCGGAUCGGUGGAAAUGAUCGCCUCGACCGUGUGCAAGCGUGUGGUGGAGAAGGCCAAAGCGCCGGAGGAGUUUCGCAGAAGUGUUACUCUGAAGAGCUUGCUUCCGGGGGCUGAAGAGGCCGAAGAAGAGACGGAAGCCUUCAACACGGAGGUGCGCCGUGUCUUGGCCACGCAGUUCAACAUCGCCGGUAGUCUCGUCCCUUGGGAAGAGCAGGCUCCGGAAGGAGGAGGAUCCGGCUUCUUGGACGACGACGAUGACGACGAAGAGCGCCCAUCAGUGGGCCAUGUCGCGGCUGCCAAGAACAUCGUUUGGGCGCGGCGCUUCAAGGUGAGGAUCGUCGAUGCACCGGGCGUUAACGACGGCGUGGCGGCGGAGGCCCAAGCAUGCCAAGACCGGGCAGAAAACAGGCGUAUCAAGGCAAGAGGCUUACAGGGCGCUAGCGAUCUCAGCUCGGAGACUGAAACGAGCCGCGCCACCACGGACAACCAUGAGGCUGAAAGCAGCGAUGACGAGUCGGACCAGUACUUCCGUUCUGCUAAUGUCAGCCGCGAGGAGACUCUGAAGUUCCCGACGGCAGAAGUGAAGAUGAAUGGGUUCGAGGCUGGCUCGCAUCAGAAGAGCUCUUCCAGCCGCGAUGACAGCUGA